GUGUGGCUGGCGCGCUGAUGCGCUCAGUGCGCAUCAGGUGUCCGAGAUCCAGCGCAUAAAAAGUCCCGGAGGAGAGGAGAGGAGCAGGACAGGAGCGCCGGGGAGGUGAGAGCAUCAGGAGCACGCGCUGACAAUGACCAACAUGCUGAGAUCGUGGCUGACGCUCGCCGUGCUCGUCGCGUGCCUGCUGGUGUGUCUGAGCACGUUCGCGGACGCGUACCCGCCCAAACCGGAGAGUCCCGGGAGCAACGCGUCACCGGAGGACUGGGCCAGAUACCACGCGGCCGUCCGGCAUUAUGUCAACCUGAUCACCAGGCAGAGGUAUGGGAAGAGAUCGAGCCCGGAGCAGGCCGUGGCGUGGCUGCUGUACGGAGGAGACUCAAGCCAAGACACCGAGCCCCGCAGAGGACGCAGCUCCUCCAGCGCCUCCGUCCAGCCGCCCUCCCGCCGCAGCGCCCCGGGGAGACGCCUCCGGAUCCGGGGGAACCGGACAGGUGGAUGGAGCCAUGGAGACUCCUCCACCUGCUCAUUCAGCGCCACUGUGAGGACAGACGCGGGGAUGUGA